GGUGUUUAUCUCAGAGGAGUGCACUUUGGCUCGGAGAACGACAAGUCAACACAUCCCCAUUCAUAUAUAUACAGGCUAGCUCACCACUGGCUCUCAGCUACUGCUUGCUAUUCAUUCCUGUCACCCAGUACGGAGAGGAGAAACAAUCUGAGUGACAUCAUGAACAAGCUUCUGGUCACCACUGUGCUCAUCACUCUUCUGGGCCUCAGUGUUCAGGGUCUCCGUCUGCCUAGGCAAGCUGAGGAGGGUGCGCCUGAGGAACCGGUGGCUGAUGUUGACGAGGCUGAUGCAGAGCAGGGAACCCUGGAAAAGCUGACCAGCGCCUUCAAGAGCUACUACGAAACUUCCAUCAGCACCGCCACCAGCUGGCUGGACAGCAUCAAGGGCCUGAAGUUGGAGGAGAAGGCCAAGAAUGCCUUCGCUGACACCACCGUGGUGGUGGCCACCUACUCUGGCAUCCUGCAGGACCAGGUCUACCACAUCUUAUACCAACAGUAAAGACCCUUCCUGGUUUCCCUCUGUGUCCCCAACGUCCUCAAAGUCCCUUGGUGAGGAGAGCGUCGCAGCUGUGGGCCCCUACAUCCUGGAGCCUCUGAUCAGCUCCACCGGACCUCCAACCCUCGGUGACGUCCCCCUGGAGUCUGUGUAGAUUGAAAUACAGUAUUAUUUGAUGUCAACAUUUUACAUUUUAUUAAUUUAGCAGAGGCUCUUAUCCAGAGCGACUUACAAUUAGUGCAUUCAUAUUAAGAUAGCUAGGUGAGACAACCACAUAUCACAGUCAUGGCAAGUACAUUUUUCCACAAUAACGUAGCUAUCAACAAAGUCAGUGCUAGUAGGAAAAUAAUUUAUCUUGAAAUAAAAACAUGUGUUUGUAGAAAACCAGUAAACCCUA